AUGAGUUACAGUGAGAUGGAAGAGAAACUUUCAUCUUACCUCGGCGAUCAAUACUCUGCGGACGAUUGGAAGGAUGCCAAAACCAUGCUUUUCUCUGGUGAACACAAUGUUGGAGCAUGUUUGAGAAAUCUUGAGCUCUUAAGGAAGAAGUACAUACCCCGUCGACCCCGCCCUCGGAAGAAUAUGUAUCUCGACAUUGAGGCAAACGAGGGAGACAGCGAAGAGGAGGAAGAGGAAGAUGGUGACUACGACACACAGGAUCAGUAUGUCUAUUGGUUCAUCAUGUACUAUGUUCCUCAUCACUUCCUAGGAACUGCUACGGUUUAUAUUGCUGAACAUCUUCAUAGUAAAGGAUUCCCUGUGACCAUGUCGCUUUGGUUGCUGGGGCAGCUCUAUGUGGUCUCAGAUAGUCCUAGAACGAUUGCAUCCUCCCUUCCAGCUUCACAUAAGUUCUCAGUAAAAGACUACUAUCGCAUCUCAGAUAAAGAAUGUGUUGCGGUGGAACGCUCGACCAUCAAAUUUCCCAACCCCUUGUGGGUAAGAGUCAAAUCUGGCAUGUACAAGGGAGUCACAGGCUAUGUCUUCGACCCAGACCAGUCAGACCUUUUUGUCGAUGUCUUAGUCGUCACUCGAGAGUUUCCCUAUCCAAUGCUUUCAGGAUGUGAAGCUCUGCUUGACCGUUCUCACCUUCUGGUGGACAAUGAAGUUACAGAUAUCAUUCGCAAUGGUGAAAUUAUAGGAUGCUCAUACAAAGGACAGCGAUACUACAGGGGACUGCUCCUUAGGAAAUUCCACCGCUAUCAACUAGAAGUUGUUGCUUGUCCCCACGCUGAUGACAUUAGACUACAUCUGCAGUCAGGGUUUGACACACCCUUCAUCAAGAAAUCCAUUGUGGCAUUCUCCAAGCAGUUUCUGCAUGUGGGAGAUGCGGUUAGGAUCAUCACAGGAGCAGUUCCAUCAGAGAUUGGCACAGUCGUGUCAAUAAACCAUGGGUUUGGUGGCUCCGCAUGCAUCAAAUCAACCCUCGACGGACAUCGGGAAGAGCUGGAAGCUCGACUUGAGGAUGUGGAGCGUGUUUUUUGGGUCAGGGACGCGGUUCGGGUCGUAGCAGGUUCAUACCUGGGUUUAGAAGGCCAUGUCAUUCAAAUGGACAAGGAUUUGUUUCGUCUUUGCCAAGGGGUCUCCAUGGAGAAGGUGCAAGUUUCAAGAUAUUAUUUGGAUCAUCAUUACCAGACUUGCACGAUGCAGUCACAUCUGCCAUUGUAUCAACAUUUUGAACCUCCCCCUGAGUCUCAAUCCAUAGAAAUUGGAGAUUAUAUAGAAGUUCUUGUGGGAGAACACAUGGGGAAGCAGGGCAUCGUGACCUGGUCUCCUGGGCCUCAGGCUAUUGGAGGAACCCAGCUGUGGUUCCAGGACGAGUCUCCUCAGACGUCGACUUUGCAUUAUACAGAGUACUAUUCAGGACCUCCAAGUAUUCAAAUUCCUGUGGCAUUUGUCCAGCGGACACGCCUACCCCAGACAAUUAAAUUUACCAAGGAAAAAGGUUAUGACCUCAAGCCUGGAGAUGUUGUAAGGGUCGCGCGUGGGCCGGAGUACCAGACGAAAGGGAUUGUGCAGAGUGUUGACUUCCCAAAGGCUCGCCUAACACUACUUUCUGAGAGUGAUCACUCGCUUAUCGACGUCCCAAUUGGAUUUGUGAUGAAAAUACUUAACGUGUCCUUGGAUUCUUUCAACAAUGUCAUCAGCCAAGAAGUGUUUGUGGCACGCACCACAUUCAAAUGCCAAGACGUUGUAACCAGAUGCAUCACGCCCCCUCCUGUCCCGCUGGCAGUUCCCUCUGAUUCGUCUAAUUCUAUUAGUGCAGCUCACAACCCAUCAUCAUCUAAUUGGACUGCCUGGAAUCUCACACAGGAUAUCGAUGGUGCGAACUUGAAUGAUCCGUCAUCGGGCGUCAAUCUCAGCUCAUUGACAACCAACCCAUGGACUGUUGAUGCACAGGACAUUCAGGAUGGCAUAGAUGCUAGAGUGGAGCAGCUCAAAGACAGUGUUUCACUGAGCUUUGAUCAUGCCAAGUUUUACAAACGAUUCGUAUCAUCAGCCUGUCCUGAUCCAUUCUGCGGUGCUGCACUUGAACAUUACCAUAUCCCCGCCAAGGAUCUGAGCCCAGCUCCUCCACGAAAAAGAAAACAAUAA